GUCAAAAUCGCGUAACUUUGAUUGUAUUGACCUACAAGCUUGUUUAGACGGUUUCAGUCAAUAAUUACUAGAUAUGUGAUUUAGAUGAGUAAUCUAGAGGCUAGCCGGAUUUUGGCGUCAGCUCUUAAAGAUGUUGAUGAGAUUCUGAAAGUGAAUAAAUAUGAAACAGAUGAUUAUGACGCUGAGAUCAGUAAUGACAAUCGAGAUAUAUUACCGAAAAUCUCAAUUCAGAAUACCGAAGAAAAGUCUCAUAAUGAAACUCUGAACGACAGCAGAAACGUAUUUGAUGAGGCAUAUCUUUACAGGGCUGGGAAAGACUUUUCCGUUCUAAUUAAUAGACUUCAAAUAUGCAUCAAUAAACUGAAUCAAUCAAAACUCGCACCUUCAAUCCACGCAUCAGAAUAUCAAGCUCUAAAUUUUGGAAUCACUGAGAACAGUUCAUUUGAUAUUGCUCAUCGCGCAACCACACAACCUACUAAAUUCAACUUGAAUUUAAGUGAACAAUCUAAACAAAUGCAGUCUCAAUACGUGUUUCCCCCGGAUGAAUUUAGUACAUGCCUCAACGAUAAACGCUUUCAUCAACGAAUCACUAAAUUACGAGGACAAAUACAAGCACAAGUUAAUCGUAUUGCAGAAUUAGAGAAAGAUGGAAAUCCAUUAUCUUAUUUGGUCAAUAAAAACUGUACAACCGAUCAUCGUAAUAAAAAUAUUAGUCAACUACCAACUGAUAUGGAUAAUCUUCAAUUAUUAAAUGAAGUUUCUAAACAACAUUUACGUAUUAAUGCACUGGAAGAGACUAAUCGAGAUUUAGAAGAGAAAAUUAACAAAUUAGAGAAAGAAUUAUCACAACGUCCAAGUUUAUUUAGUCUGAGAAAUUCAUAUGAAGAUUUACAAAGUUUAAAAUAUAACAGACAAUGUGCAACAAUACUUCCUACUGUAUCUAAUCGAUCAGCUACAUUAUCAAACAAUAUAAGUACAUUAAAUGAAUCAUCAAGAGAAUCAAAUAGGCUGAAUUAUCCAACUUUAUUCCGGCGUUCUAUCACUCCAGUUACAUUUAAUAAUAGUUGUUCAUUUAUCACUACAUCUAAUCAGCCUGAGUAUAAUUUGAAUUUUAUUCAUCAAUCACUAACUGGUACUCAGUCGACCCCACCGACAUCCCGUUUAAUUAAUGAUAAAUCAUACAAAUAUGAUGCUUAUAUACCAUGCGAACAAAUAAAUCAUCAUAAACUUUCAUCGCCUGGUGAAAAUUACGCCUACUUAAGUGCUGAUCAAUUUAAAUCUGCUAGUCUUAAUGAAUUAUGCUAUUCAAGAGUUAUGCAACCUGUUACUACAACUACUAAUAUCAGUACUACUACUAGUAGUAAUAACAUCGUCAAUCCAAACGCUAGUAGACGUUGGUUAGCACAAAAUCGAUAUAGUAUGAAAUCUCCACCAGCUGAUAUUUUCAACGGUGGCAUACAAGAUUCAGCUAAAAUAAAUCUACUUCCACCACAGUAUGGUAGUAGUUAUCAUCAACAUAUUUACAAUAAUUCACGUACACGAUCACCAACACCACUUCAAUGGUAUCAGUAUACAAGAAAUAAUUUUAUUGAUGGUCGACAAACAUCAACAGAUUGUGAAUUAAAUGGAAGUGUUAAUUUAUUCAAUUCAUCAGGUGAAUGUGAUUCACCAUCUUCAGGAAGAUGCACAAAUGUACAUGAUACCCAUUUGUAUACAUCAAGAAAUAUAUUAAAUUUAUCUAAUGCCUCCUCUUCUUCUCCUUCUGAGCAACAACAUCAUAUCGAGACGAUAAACAAUUCAACAAAUAUUUUGAAAGAUGAAAAAAGUUCAUCACUUUCAAAAUCUACCCUUAAUGGAAAGAAUCAAUCAAAGAGAUUGAAUAUUGAACGAGCGUAAGUUAAAUGAACUAAUAAAUAUCCAUAGAAAAACUAGAAUCGAUAAUUGACGAACAGACUAUUGAAUAUUAUUGUUAAUUAUUUAUUUUAUUUUAUUAUUUUGUUUACAUAUCAGUAUUUUGCUAUGUUGAUUUGAUUUAUUCCUGUAGAUAUGGUAAAGGUUGGCGAAGUAUUACCAUACCUUCUAGUCCAAGUCUUAUCGAUGUGUAAGUGUUGACUGGUAAUAUGUGUGUACGUAUGAAUACACAUUUAUAAAUAUAUCAAUAAAAAUUCACAAAUAGAAUUCUUGCGAGUUUUCAACAAAUCUGAUUAAAUAAAUAUAUAUUUAUAUAUGCACCCAUGCACACAAAAGGCUGUCAUAUGUACAUCACAAACCAUUUUUAUCUAGACAACUAUUGGAAAUCAAGAAGUAUUCGACAGAUGUUUUGUCCUGUUAUAUGAUUCUGCAGCAGUAAACACCCAUGACCAUGUCAGUAACUGAACUCAGAACUUUCGGAUCCAACGGCGAACGUGUUACUUUUCAGAUCAUCUAGUUUCCAUCCAACUUCAAUCAAUUUAUGGUAACUAGCAAUCUCCGCGAGCUUAUCUUGCUAACAAUAACGGUGUAUUCGCUAGUGAUUAACUUCUAGAUCAUUUCCUGAAGUCCUAGUAAGAAGUCGAUGACAGUGGAUUUUAAGAAUAACUGUGUAAGACAGUCAUAACUGAUGGCAAUGUAUGCUAGAAGCACACUAACAAAAACUAUUUGAAUUAAGUAAUAUAAACCAUUGCUAGUAAUAGUCAAUUAGUGUAAUGAACAAACUGCUCACUCCAAAGACUAAACUUCUUGGGUUCUAGCUUUACCAGAGUAUUAGUUAUACUCAAAGCACUAGGCGAACAUUAAAAAAUCCGUUGUUAAGAUAGCAAAUCAUCAAUUUAAGUGGUUAGAAUGUAUAUCCUGUACAACCAACCACUGCCUAUCUCGAUGCUUGGUUGGAGUGGUAGUAUGUUGGGAGUAACUUGGAAGCAACCGAACUAAGUCGAGACAUUAAGCCAUGAAUUUCCUGACUGUUGAGCUGUAUCAUGUUCAUAAGUGAAGACCAUUUGGUUUGGUCCCGACAUUAUCGUGAAUAAUGGUUGUAGAUCAUGUGUGACAAGGAUCGGUAUGGGUCACAACUGCAUAGAUUCAUUCACUCUUUAUUUUGUCUUAGAUCUCGAAUUCCAAAAUUAUUUUGUACCCUCUGUUAUACGAAUUGACUCAUUCUUCUUGAAUUAUUCUCACUAUAUCUGCCUGUUGUCACUAAGUCUACUAUUACUCUUACUAUUCCAGUAUUUGUCAUGAUAAUUUCAUCUCAUUAUACUGAUAUAAUGUGAGAACUUGAAUAGAUUCACAUAUGUAUCAGGCUCUUUGUUGCUUACGACUAACUGACUUUGAUGAGCACUACUGAUGAUGCAAAAUCACAGUCCUAUUUAGAUUUAAAUAGUUUUUAUUGAUGAAAUUCAUUUCAUUAGAUGUAAGUAAAUUCACUUCAAAUUAGAAAAUCGCUGCAUCCAUUAUAACACUGUUGUUUGUUUCAUUUAAUUUUCAUUACUAUUCACUAUCAUUGAUUAUUUCACAAUUUCAUACUUGUUGCACUAUCUGUAUCUCAAUGUGAUUUGAUCAUGUACUUUUUUUACUUAUUUCAAACACAUAGAAACAAUCUGUGUAAAUUUUAUGAAAUAUUUAUGGAUUGAUAACAUGUAGAUGAUAAUGUUUUUUUGUUGUUGCUAAAGUUCAAUUAUUUAAACAUUUAAUUGUGGGUCAUUGAACACUGAACAGGAAAUCGGAUGCAAUUAUUUUGAAUCUUGAAAACAAAAAAUAACUAGUCAGUAUGUCUUACUUUCAUAUGGUUCCGGUUAAAAGCAGGUCCCAAAACAUAGAUAUGCUUUUGAAAAAAUGGUAGUGUGGUGUGAGCUACAUAUAUCCACACAAGUAGUAUAUAACGACAGUCAGGAAUAGAAUGUAUUUCAGUAGAAGAUCAAGGAGGAAACAAUGGGAACGGAAAGCAAUUGGUAUGAAAAUGCAUGAACAAUGGAAUCUGAGAUGAUGGACUGAUAUUUACAAAAAAACGGUGAAGCUUGAGACAAAUGAUUGAUGUUUGGCAAAUCAUGCAUUUACUGUAUGGUUCUCAGAUUUUAGUAAGAUCUGUAAUUUUGUAUUCAAAUACAUUCGAUUGCCCCCACUCGAGUUCUUGUUCACUACAGCAGUUUUUAAGCAAUGGAAAUUUUCUCGCUGAUAUCAUUUUUGUAAGCUGUAUUUAUGUAUUAUAUAUCACCUUAUGAAUAUUUACAUAAUUUAUGUGUUAAACAAUUGUAACCAACUGCCUUUGAUCAAUGUGUUGUUCCAAUGUUGGUGCUCAUUAGUAAGAUACACUUUCGAGCAUUAAGAAAUCGAUGUUCCUUAAUGACGGUAAUGAUUCACGUAUCAAUCAGCGUCAUGGUUAAAUAUUUGACUAAUUGUUUCAUUACUACAGUUGAAUUAUUUGGUACUAUAUAGUAAUUUACUUAGUGGUUUUCAGAAUAAUAAGCACAUUGUAAGUAUCUAUGAUUUGUUCUACGUACAUAGUAAUCAGAUUACUACGCACUUAUAUGUCAAAACACCCCAAAUAUUAAAGCUAAACAGGGUUCAUGAUUGGCAAUACAUAAUGUUAUUGAAAAUCAACAAGCUCUGGGCAGUCUUUUCAUUCUAACGUGUGUCUACAAACCCACAAGUGACCGAGCCCAACACCUUCAUACUUCAUGGUGAGCGUUCAAAAUUUGUACUGCUUCGGCGAGGCUCAAUGGCUUACACUUCAGAAUUCAGUCAAAUUGCGAUACUGUACAACCAACUUCGAACGUCAUUGGUAAAUGACUGCCUCAUAGCAGACAUAGUCGAACUUUAUUGAUCACGGAUUCUCACUAGAACUCCGGUGACUGUCUUUUAGAACUAACCACCAGUAAAUAAAUUUUUUACUGAUGAGCUUCGUGAAUCCUAAUCAUAUUUUCGUAAUCCAACUCUUUAACCUACUUUACCGAUAAUAAAUUACCGUUAUGUUAUUAUCAUUAUUUAUUAUUUUCCCUUUCUAUGGUUUGUAACUGACAUACUUCCCAUUUUUAUUAGUCCGGAACUUGAUAAUUUAAAGCCCUUUUGUUCCUUAUUUACUAUUAUUAUUAUUAUUGUAUCUGUCAUUAUGUUAGUGAAUUUUACAACUAACUUCAUCGAGUUCGUGUAUACAUACAUAUUCUUACAACACAUGUCAAUUUAUCCGAUAAUUAAAUAAUUUAGUCUGUCCCGUUUUUAGUGAAGUUACUGCAUAUAUAUAUGAGGACGUGAACCGGUACUAUAAAAACCUUAUUUUGGAAUCAGCAGGCUAUGUCAAUCUUGCUUUCUUUAAAUUAUUUUACAUUUGUAGUAGUAUACUCAUCAUACCCUACCCUUUAUUGUUUAAAAUGUUCGUGGAGAUUCUCGGAAGUCAAAAUUUUGAAAUGUAUAGUCAAUUCAGAUUUUGUAAACGUGGUGUAAAUAUGGACGACUUUUUAGAAGUCAAUUUAUCACCAAUCAUUUAAAUAAUGAAUAGGCCAUUAGAAACCAUAAGGAGGCCCCAUACUUUUGAUAUCUUCAUAAACAUCAGGGAUCAAUAAUCAGUCUUUACUGAUCCCUCUGCUACAUUUCAACAACAUGAAGUUAUUUUCUUUGCUCCAUGAUCUCUAUAUAUUUUCCUCAAUAUUUCCUGGCUUUCUUGACAAUUUUCCUUGUUUCUAACAGCGUAUUUUAUUACAUUUUGUACAUCAAGUACAUAAGACAUGUAUACACCUAUGGAUAUCGCCGGUUCUAUAAAAAUCUGACUUUAAAGCCGAGGAAUGUUGUUUUCACUUGGUAAUAGCAUCACUAGCUAAAAAGUUUACUUUGGGACACUCAAUUGAAGUAGGCCAAAUAAAGCAUCUAUUUGUGCAUUCAUACGAUUAGUUGCAUUAUAAUGAAGAAUAACUAGGUCGAUCUGAACAAAUCCAUUUAUAUUCUGUUACUAGGUCAUUUAUUAGUUUCUCAUGAAUCUGUAUUUUUCAUUUGGCGGUUUUCCUUAUUUUAGUAUCCGUGCAACAGUAAAUUGUUUGUCUUAUGUGAAUGAAGUUCCGAAUUAUUGAUUAUUUUUUUCAAGUACAGAAUAGAUGAAAAUUUUUAACCGAUUUCGUCUGUAGACUUCAAGAAUCUUCUCGAAACAAUAUCUAAUACUACUGUGGUUAUCAAUAUUAAACUGGUUUUAUCUUAUAGUUUGGAAUAUUCUAUUUGACUUUCAAUUUUUCGUUCGGCAACCUGAAUACCUGUUCCAUCACAUUACAGAUAAAUAUGGAGUACAUAUAAAAAGCUUUAAUGUAUAUUGUUUGAGCAUUUUAGGCAGGUUUUAGCUAAUCACAUUACUCGAUACUUUUUGUUAUAUGUUUUCUAAGGUUUUACUGAUAGAAGCUACUUAUUAUCGAUCAUACUGGACACUGGUUAAAUUUUCACGAGUGAUUUAUUUUGUAAUUUCUAAGUGCGUCUCUCAGACUUUCCAAACUAAGGCAUAAACAGCAGUUCAAACUUCUUGACUUUAAAUGAUUCUAGUUCUUGUCGAAAAUUCCCUUUGACUUCUCAUAAAUAUUCAAGUCAUGGAAUGUAGUUUAUAAACUGGCAUAUGCAUGUAAUCUUAUUUUAGGUGGUUAGUGACACGCCGUAGGAAACUCUGAACCUAGAUCUCUUGCUACUUUGCACUUUUCAGCAAGUUAUUCUUGUAAUCUUGUGGGAACCGAUGCUGCUUAGCGUACUGAAACCUAAGUCACUCAUCUAAACUGUCUGUGACGUUACCACUGAAGUCUUCGGGUUGUGACUGACUUCCUAUAGGAGUGAGAUAUUUACGGUUGGUUAAUAUUGAUUACAGGAGAUUUUUAUUUUUAAUUUCUUGUAAAACAGAUUAGUGAUUACCGUAGAAUAUAUGCUUUAAGCAAGAAAAUGUACGGAUAUAUUUCGUCCUUUUAUGACAAAUCUAGUUAUCGAAAGAUUUCUGCUUUUAUUAACCCGCUUUAUGUCUGUUUACGUGUUUUUUUAACAUAGCAUUUGUACCAGUCUCCAAGUUUUUUAAGUGUUUAAAUUACUGAAUUACAAUCAAGUAUAAAUUAACAGGCAAUAAUUGUGUGCACUAUAUUUUCUAAGUGCACAAUGGACUGUGUAAAUGAACAGGAUCUUUCAUAAAUGCAAAUUUGUGUGUUGCAUGUCUAUAGUCAUUAUUCAUUCUAUGUAGUAACUUUAUUUAGCCACAAUUAGUUUCUAAUUUUAUGGUUAUGGUUGCUAUAGUUCGUCUUAUUGUUCUUAACAUUAUUUUGAUAAAAUGUUUGACACCAUAUUAACUUAAUCUCCUCAAGUAAUUGUGGUGUGCUACUGAUGUCGACAAAUAUAAGUAGUAUGUAUCACUAGUCGAAAGUGAAAUGCCUGGUGGCAGAAAGUUAUGAAGAUCGAAGGAAAGAGAAAGAGAACAGAGAGUAAUUGGUGUGGAAACGAAGGAAAAAUGAAGUCUGAGACAGUUGCUUGACAUUUCGCAAAUGAAGAAUUUACUGUAUCGUUCUCAGAUUUUACUAACAGAUUCUGUAAUUUUGUGUUCAAAUACAUUCGAUUGUCCCCACUUGUGUUCUCAUUCACUACAAAUUACGUUUCUUUCUUAUACCAUCUUUAACUAUGUGUAUUAUCAGCAGUUAUGAAUACUAAAGGUUCCUAAUAAUUGUUAUCGAUGUUACCAAAUAAUCCACUGUAAUCAUCCUAAUCUACCCAUCUCCAUUGUACUUGACUAUUUUAUAAUCUGUCAUUGUCUCUCUUGUUUAUUUCAUUCACUCAUAAAUUGAGCUUGGUUGAAUAGGGAAGAAUUAGAGCGAACAAAAUGAUUUCACUUCAUUGUUCAGUGUUUUUUGUUCUUACUCUAUGAAAAAUUAUCAAAGAAACUAAUUUUACAAACUCUGUUCUUUAAAUAUGAUGGUGUUUGCUUUAUCAAUCACUGAAAUGAAAUUUUUACUGAUUUUUCUAGUCUUUGGUAUGAACCUAUUUUUGUCUUUUUUCUCAAAAAAUUGUCAAUAUACAAACCUGGACAAAGUUAUCCAAUAGUUGAUACAAAUCAACUCUUAUUUAUGUGAAAUCUAACCCAAAGAUUUGUUGUUUCUUUUCUAAACACUCUAUGAUUGCAUAAUUAAUAUGCAGCUUUUUUACUUUACAAGAACUGUAGAUUAAUUUCGAAUCUCAUCUAGACAUUAGCAUAAAUGAAUUUUCAGUUACAUUGACCAAAAAUAAUGCAAUCCUUAUAGGAGCAAUUGUUCUCUUCUCAUUGAGCUGAAAUACAAACAUUUUAUAGGUUAAUCCAACCGUAUACUCAAUAGUACAUAUAUUUAUUAUCUUGUUUAGUCGAGAUUGUUUGCAGUUACUAACAAAUCAAUUCAUUUCCGAAUAAUAAUCACUAUGCAUGGUGAAAAUUCCUCAGUGUUCUAUCAACUGAUACUUAAAAGUGACUUUUCUUUCUGGUCAUUUUACCUGAAACCAUGAUGUAAAUUAUAUGGAAUUAUUUAUUAUUGGUAUAAGAGGUUUAUGGGAAUUAUGUAACUGACCGGUUUUUCAUUAAUGGACUAACUUGAACUAAACAACCUUUAAAAACCACUUCCAGGUUCGAAUUCUGCUUUGGUCUUUGGUGUGUACACUAGCAGAUCUUCGUACAAAGGCAAAUAAGCCGCCCUGUGCCUUUUUAUUCUGUGGUUGUUGAGCUAAAUUCAAAAACAAAUAUUACAAAUGUAUCGAUAGAUUUCGAGCAAAAUUUCAAAUUAUUUGAGUAGUAAUUAAGUGGAUUUUCUUUUUGUUUGUUAAUGAACCGGGUAUCAAGUUAACUUUAAGUGACAACUUAUGGUAUAACAAUAAUAGGUCAAAUACUACCAGUAAUCAAAUUUAUUCUUUUCCAGACCCUAGUGUUUAUCAAAAUCCUUUGGCUGCGUAGGCUAUAUUUUAUCAAUCCCCACCAUUUUCCGUCCAUUAAGCGAAUGAAUGCUGAACAUUAGUCUAAAUUUCAUUAAGUUUUUAUUUUAAGUCUCUGACGUUAUUCGUAUCUGUCUACCAUGAACGUAUUAGUGUAGCGUAGCUUACCAUUUUUGAUGUAAAUACAAAAUAUUCCCACAUCUGGGAAUCGAGAUAAGGAUAUUCUGUCUCAAGUAAGGACGUUUGACCUUCAAACCACUGAGCCAGGAUCCAGUAUCGCUGGUUAACUGAAGUUAGGUUUGUGCACCAUUUAAUCCUAGCUUAAUCGUCUGUUGAUUAAGCGUUUGAACACGAGAUCGAAAGCUUAAACUUCCAUUCUUGAUGUUGGGGUCGUGAGUGAGUACUGGUAAGGAGUUCCACACUAAGAUGAAACAGCCGUCCAAUGCUCUCAAGUCUCCAGCGGUUUUCUAGCUUGUAUAGGUUCAUGUUCUUAACAACAACAAAAAAGUUAAAAUGACAUGGGUAACUAAUUUUAUAUUUUUAUCAUAUAUAUAAUCAUGUGAUUUAUGAUAAUUGCUGCACUGGAUUUUUGUGAUUAUAGCAUGCCAAUUUCAAUGUAUACACUUCUGUUUAGUCUGCAAAGCAUCAUUCAUUAGAUAAAAUAUUUUCACUUUAAUUGUGCAUGCAUAUUUACAUUUAUGUUUGAAUUUAAAUUAUCUUAUAGCAUUUGAAUAAUAUUUCAUAUUUAUUGAGUCUACCUACAUUAAUCUUAUUUUUGCCAUUUGUGUAUUAUCACGUCCAUAUUUGACUAAAAACGUUGGACUCAAAUCGAUAAGAAGUGAUAAUGAACUUGGGCUAAUGACAUCUAGCAUCACAAUAAGAUAUAUUAUCAAUAAACUAUCGUGGUUACAACCUACCUCUUAAUGGAUUAAGAUAUUUACUAAUUAAUUAAUUAAUGGCUAAGUAAUAAACAAUAUUAUAUUUUAAUCAGAGAGAGGUUUUGUGGACAUUAUAAUAAUGUAGUUGUUCAAUUCCUAAGUCGAUUGAAGCUAGACCACCAUGAAAAACCUGAAAGCACUGAAUGGCCACUUCGUCCUAUAUUGGGACUCCUCAGCAGUGCGCAACCACGACCCUGCCCCGCGAAAUUCGAACCCGGGACCUAUCAAUCUCCCGCGCGAACGCUUAACCGCUAGACCACUGAGGCGGCAUUCGGCGGUGUUAAUGUCUAACUUCAAUCAAUCCACGAAGUUGUGCCACCGUCCACCAUUAUCAUCAGCGAUUUGCUAUCUCACAACUGACCCGUUAGAUACGGCUCAGUGGUCUAGUGGUUAAGCGCUCGCGCGCGAGACUGAUAGGUCCUGGGUUUGAUUUUCGCGGAGAGGGAUCGUGGAUGCGCAUUGCUGAGGAUUCCCAUACUAUGACGAAAUGGCCGUUCAGUGCUCCCAGGUUUCCCAUGGUGGUCUAGCUUCAACUGACUCAUAAGUUCAAUAACCAAAAUAUUAUAUUUGUUUCAUCAAUUGUUCUGAUAGAGUACAAUUGCUAAACUGGAAUAUAUAAUCACUAAUCUAAAUGAUUUGAUAAUGUAGUGACUUUGUCUGCAAGUUCAUCUUGUCAAUGAUGAAUCCCUAAAUUGGAGUUCCUUUUGAUCACUUUUAAAUCAGCACACAUUAAAUGAAGUGCAUCAUAAUGUACAUUCAGUUUGGUCUAGUGACUCUAAUAAUAAAAUUUCAUUACCGAUAAACGAAUAGGAGAUAUAUCAAUUGGUGUAUAAAUAUAAUUGCUUCAUUUUGUAUUUGUGUGUGUGUUAAACAAAUAUUCUAUUUAUUCAUAAAGAUAUUAUUAGUGCAUGUUAUAUAAAUAUAUGUCUCCAACACUUCAUUUAGCUUUUAUUGGCUUUCACAAGGUCAAAUGAAUAACUUCAUAUCAAAUGGUUUGAAUAAAUCGAAUUCCAUGCACCAUCAUCAAUGUAAACCAAAAAACAGUUUAAUCAAUUCUACACUAUAUAUAAGGUCUAAAAGUAUGGAACGUUAUUAUGGUGGUGGUUCACUGAACAGAUCAUGUAGAAAAACACAAGAAACUACUCUUCCUUCUAUGAGCAACAGUAAUAAUAGUCAUAUUGAUGAUGUUUCUGCUAAUCCUAUCUACAAUUCUUCACCACCUUCAGUUCUACAUACCAAUUCAAUUUGCAAUAAUAAAUCACAACAGAGCUAUCAGGGAAGUGCCCUUGAAUCCAAUGAAAAUGGUCCAUUGAAUAAAAAUAUGUCUGUACUAAGUAAUAAUAAAUCGUGUAAUAAUCAUGUGAAAAAUGGACCUCAUUCAUUUGAUAGUUAUAAAAACAUUCAAUCUAUUUCAUCUUCUGUACGUCAUGAAUCGAAUGAGUUUACGUCUUCAUAUCUGGACAACGUUAACAAAUCCCCUUCAUCUCAUAAUGGUCUUAAUUCAUCCAGUGAACAACGUCAAUCAUUUCAAUUCGCCUAUACUAAGCGAAAUUUUAUCACUUGGGAUAAAAAUAUGAUUUCAGCAUGGUUAUAUAAAAUUGGUCUAGGUUAUACAGUAUCACAUACACGAAGAUGGUUAACUUCUGGUCAAGAUUUAAUAAAUGAAUCCAAAAAAUCACUUGCACAAUUAAUGUGUAUACGUAACCCGUUACACUUGAAGAAAUUGUUAAUCCAUAUACGUUUAUGUAUGAAAGACCAGUAUCCUAAUAAUAGUAAUAAUAUUAAUAAUAAUUACAAUUAUGGGUGUUUAUAUAGAAAUAUAGAACCACCGGAAAAUUUCGACAUACCGGGUUGGUUACAUGAUGUGGGUUUAUCAUCUUAUAUUCCACAAUUCGAUAAUUGCAUCAUUGACCCUUAUGUGCUAGAUCAACUUACUAUGGAUGAUUUAUCUGUGUUGAAAAUGUCUAGUGAAUUACAUAUGUUAAGUUUACGAUGGGGAUUACAAAUGUUAAGACAUAUUAAUUUUGACAGAAAUCGUUUAUGCCGAAGUCAGAUGGAACAAUGUGAAGUAAAUUUACCUUGUAAAAGAAACAUGUUACAUUCUCCCAUCCAAUCGUUAAAUCAUAUUCAAGAUAAUAUAAAACCUAAUAAUGGACAUAAUGGAAAUCAUGUUCAUACGUCUUGCUUGAAUACUAUUUCUACUUUACAACCAGAUUCCAUGAAUUCUGAUAUUAAUUUUAUUUGUUCAACAUAUUUACCAAUACAAAUUUGUUAUUGGACUCAACAACGAGUAAUGAAUUGGUUACAAAGUAUCGAAUUACCUGAAUAUGCUAGUGAAUUAUGCGGAAAUGGUGUACAUGGUGCUUUAAUGAUUCUAGAAGAUCGUUUUACACCAGAUCUUUUAGCUGAUAUUUUGCGAAUUCCUCCAGUGAAAUCACUUGUUAGACGACAUUUAACAAAUAAAUUUAUUGAACUUGUUGGGUUAGAUAUAUGGAAGCGCAAACAACAUAACGAAACCACUAAUAAUAAUAAUCCACUGACAAUACAUUCUAAAAUCAAAGUAAGUGAAUACAUUUCUUGUUAGUUAAUUUAAAGAAAGUAAAUAAUUACUUAGUUAGGAAACUUUUAUGUUGGAGAAGUUGUGCUUUCUCAUCGAUUUUAUUUGGUUAUGUGGGGAAAGCCAUGGAACUGAGCCUCGAUAUAGCCAUUUUUUGCAAAUUUACAUAAAUCGAAAGUCACUAGCAGUGAGAUCCAGGCUACUUUCGGUCGAUAAAUACCAAGUGGGACGAAGCACGUGUUCGGAAUUCCACUUUUAGCCACGGUCCAUCCAUAUAGUAUUUUUGUAUUACUAUAAACAAUUUACCCAAUUCUCAAGUUACAUGAAAUUAUCAAACUAAAUCGUGAUAAUUUAAUUUGAUGAUAAAAUGGAGGUUGAUUUCACUAUCCAAUCUUUGAAUAGAAGGAACUAAAUUUCUCAGUUAUUAAGAAACUAGUUUAAAGUCUAUUACGAAACUACUUCAUUCAAAUACGAGUUUAAACCAUCUCGCUAAGAUUCAGGACUGGGUUUUGUCCUGUUUUUCUCUUUAUAUCUGUACCCUGUGUAGAUUGUCUCUGUGUAGCUGAUUUGUCACAAAUUCUUGUAAAAUAGAUGGACUGAAGUGAAAGGUAGUGGGUUCGAGUUCCAAUGUGACAAGAUUCUAACCACAAUCCAUCUACUCUAUGAAAUGCUGCUGGUUGAUAACUAGCUUUGAAUGUAAUUUUCGAAAACUUAGUAAGUCGUAAUGACCUUUAGAUUUUAACCUUGAUUAAAGUUAAACAAGUAAUAUAUAAAGAACUUGAAAAUAGUUAAGCUUUUAUAUUCAUGAACCACUUGAAAUUGCAAAAUAUGGAUUACUGGAUUCCAAUUCGGUGGUGUAGAGUAUCGUCCCCAUCUCUUCAAACUGAUCAGUCCUGACCUCAUAAUAUUAAACCUAGUAGACUUAGAUUUCUCUCAAACAUGGUCAUCGGUGAGUAAAUCAGUGGAGUCCAACCUUGUCAGUAUGAGUAAGGUACCCACCGAAGACAAUGGAACAUGGUUGAGUAAUAUCGCUAAUGACUGGAGUUAGACUUGUAUACCACUGUAUUCUAGAUCACUAGUCUGGAGGCUCAGCGUUUGAGCUUGAGACUGACAUACUGUGUUCAAUCCCUGGUUACAAAGUUGCAGAUAAACACUGGUAACGACUAACAUACUAGGAAAAAGCACCUAUCCAGUGCUUCCUGUUUCUCAUUGAUUGUCUAACUUGGAUUUCGGUUCGUGAUCUUAAUAAAAUGCUUAACUCUUUAUCCCUUUAUCUAACACUUUUGAAAAUAUAAAUAGUUUACGAAAAAGAAAAAUAUUUUCAAUUCUAACCGUGGACACAAGUCCAACCAUCACAAUCAUGUUAGUGGUGUUGGUGAUGAUGAUGCAAAUCCUGAUCUUGUUUGUCCUAUUGAAAUCGAUGCCAGUCAUACGAGUAUCUUUGCCGAAGAAAUAGUCAAACCUAAUCGUCAAAGCAUACAUCUACAGGCAGAAAAUGUUCCAACAAUACUCAUCGAUCCGGUUGCUGCAAAAGUGCAGCACCUAGAACUUCAAGAAACUGACCUGUGAAUCAAACAAAUAAAUAAACGAUUCUGGAUAUAAAAUAUGAUAAUUUACUAUCCAAUAUAUUACCAUAUUGUUAUUAUACUACUGAAUAAUGUUUUCUGAUUAAAUCCAUGUAUAAACAACUCAACAACUCUUUGUAUACAAUAUUUUAAUGAUUUCUUCCAUCAAUCUCUCCAUUGUUAUCACCCUUUGCCCCCCCCCCACUUUAUUGUUCAUUACUUCUUAGAUUUGUAUCCACUAUCAAUUAUAUAUAUAUAUACUCACAAGUAUGAAUUCUUGACAAAUGUUUCAUAGUAUACCAUUGAUGUAAAAUUCCAUUUCAUUAUUCAAUGAACAAAAUAACCAAUACAAGAUAUCAGAAAAUACAAUUCAACACAACUCCCAUUCACCUCACGUCCACAGAUAUACACAAACAUGAUAAUGUAUAGCUUAAUUUUACUGAUUUAAUUAUUUUCUAUGUAUGACUACGGUCUCUAUCAUAUGAUUACUGCUCAACUCCACAUAGUAAUCUUCAAAACCAACAACAAUGAAAUCUUGUUCAGUUGUUAUCUUAUCAUUCUUAACAGAUAACUUAUCAUUGUCUCUGUCAAUAUUAUUACUGCUAUGAUUAUUUAUUCACCUACAUCUUGAUCAUGUUUUGUUUUGUUAAAAAAACAAAUUGCUUUUUCUCCUGUGAUUUUGCUUUUCUUUACAUUGUCAAUUAGUUUAUAAUGCUUCUUCUCUGUUUUAUUUGUGAAGGACCAAGUGUGUAAAUGUAUGUAUUGAUCAUAAUGGAAUUUGUCAUUAUAUUAUACUAUAAUGAUUGAUAUAAUUACUAUGAAGUGAACUAAUUGUGUUGACCAAUCAAAAUAAUAAAAUUGAUUUUUUUUUAGAAAAAAGUUUUUAGUUGGAUACUCCUAGUACGUAUAUCCAAGUAGUGUCUACCUCAACAAGUGUUGUUUACUAGUAGAGGAAAUACUGAUAUGCUUUGUCGAUUGAACGCUAUUUGUUAUAUCUCAUCGUCGCUGAUUGUUCUGUCGAGAACACUUAUAAAUUAUACUCAAAAAUGAGGGACUUUUGCAAUUAUCACGACGUGAAAAUAAGAACACAAAGACUGGUAUAAGUGAACCCUAAAAACACGAUGACGACGACCCUGUUCGAAAAUGCACUCAUUUAUAUAUUGAUUCAUACAUCCAUUUUUUGAUUAAUAAUUAGAAUGAAAUCACAUAUAUGAAAAAUACUUUGGGUUAUAACAUGUUGCAUGCUGAGUAUAGUUGAUGUUAACUUAAUAUAAGAAUAUCGUAUGUUAUACAGAAUAAAACAAAAUCGAAUACUACACUGAAUAGUUACCACAUUGGAUUAAAACGGAAUUAAUGUUGAACCAAAAAUCAUAAUCUAUAAAUCAAUCUAAUUUGGACUUUUCUUCCUAUUAUAUCACCACAAUGAUUGGAGCGAUUAAGUCAAGACAUGGUAUCAGUUUAUAAAAUUAUUGACUGUUAGAAUGAACAAUGUAGGUAGGUUCAGACUAUAUGGUUUGGGUCCUCGCGAUUAUCGUAGUAGUUGGGGAUAUUGAGGAAUAUUGAGUACAUUUAUAAUGGACCAAAUGUACUCACUCUUUCUUUUUCUUCAAACAUUAAGUUUUAAAAACUAUCUUAAACGUUUUAUUCUGAGAAUUCAUCAUAUUUUCUUGAAUCAUUAUCUUGCUUACUAAUCCUACUACUCUGAGAUUCAUCUUAAUCAUUUCACUGUACCGAUAUGCUAUGGUAACUUAAAUUGACCUACAACUAUAUCAGAUCCUUCGUUACUCAUGACUGACCAAUAAAGUUAAGUAGUCCAAUGACGUAUCAAAAAAUGAUGUACAUUAAAUAGAUGAAGGAAUGAUACUAUGAAAAAUAUAAAAACUGGGAAAAAUACAACCGAAAAAUACUUUUCCAAUUUGGGGCUAUCCUUACAGUUUCGUGAUUUUCACUAGCUUCUAUUCUGACACAUGUCUAAUAAUGUGUCAUAUCAUUAAAUUCCAUGACAUUUAGUACUGCAACUAGAGGUAUGCUAGAGAGAACAAUUCAGAUUCGGACAAGUUAUGUAUUAAAUAUACAUUCAUUUAAUUAUUAUCUCUGAUGGUAUAUUAUACACUACCUACUCACUUAUUACAUUCUCUUUUUGCUUUUAUAUAUUUCGUCG